CUUACGGACUUAUAGAAGACUCUAAAAAUUUGAAAAUGGUGACUGAAGCACCUUGUGAUACGUUGGAAUCAUCAUACCAAAUAUUUAACAAAUUGACCUCUGAACCGGAUAUAUUUCUUACUCCUCAAAUAAAUUUAUGCAGCGAUUUUAUUAAACUAUCAAAAGAACUAUACGAUUAUAUGAACAGUUUUAACGCCAGUACUACAAAUAAUAAUUCCUUAAAAGAACUUUUAGUGGAUGGUUUUGAUAACGAACAAAUUUGGCAGCAAAUUCAAAUUUGUAAUAACUACAGUAUAAACCAAAAUCGUAAAGCAAUAAAUCAGCUAAAUGAAAUCUCAAAGCUUAACUCAUCAAAAAAUUUUAUUACGAUUAAAAAAACUAAAAAUAAAUCUAACAAUGACUCUGAAACAGAGGUGAAUUCUAAUUCAGAAGAUGUUGAAAGUGAAGAGUUAGAACCAGAGAGCAGUGAAAACGAAGAUAAAGAUGAUUUUAGUAAUCCAAAAAAAGUUUAUAAGUCAACAGUUGUUGAUGAUGAUUUCUUUAAAAUGGGUGAAAUGGAAGAGUUUUUAGAUGCACAAGAUCAAAUCGAAGAGCAACUAAAUGCUGGACAAAUUAAAAGUAACAGUGAAAAUGAUAUAGAUCUUUUUAAUGAACUCAGUGACAAUGAAGAUUUUGAAAAAAGAGAGAAAGAAGCUAAGUACGAUGAUUUCUUUGGUCCGUCAAACAAAAAAAAGAAAAAGGAAGUUAUGUUUAAGGAUUUGAACGAUGAUGAUGUUAGUGAAGAUGAGUUAGGGGAAGAAAAUGAACAGUUUGAUGAAUUUGAAAAUGAUGAAAAUAAUACUUCUAGUGAUGAAAAAAACAAUAAAAAUGAGGAGCCUAAAUCUUCAUUUGAGCUAAAUCAAAACACAAUUACUGAAAAGAUAAAACGCUUAGAAGAGUCAAACUUAAAAAAGAAGGAAUGGCAAUUGCAAGGUGAAGCAUCUGCAAAACAGCGUCCUAUAAACAGUUUAUUAGAAGAGCAUGUCACAUUUGACCAUACAUCAGUUGGAGCUCCUGUUAUAACUGAAGAGACAACAGAGUGUUUAGAAGAUGUAAUCAAGCAACGAAUCAAAGAUGAGGCAUGGGAUGAUGUGAAACGAAAAGUAAAACCUGUUGUUCAACCUUUCGAAUACAAAAAAGCGCCAGAACUUAACCAGGAGAAAAGUAAAAUCAGUCUUGCAGAAGUUUAUGAAAAAGAAUAUCUUAAACAGGCUGAGGAAAACGAAGAAGAGAAAGAAAACGAGGAACACGUUGCUAUAAAGAACAUGAUGGACAAGUUAUUUUCUCAAUUAGAUGCACUUUCAAACUUUCAUUUUACUCCCAAGCCACCGAUUCCUGAAAUUAAAAUUAUAACAAACGUACCAUCUCUGCGCAUGGAAGAAGUCACACCAAUAACUAUGAGUGAAGCAUCACAGUUGGCACCAGAGGAAAUAUUCGACAAAAAGACUCGCGAUAUAAAAGGCGAGGGCGAAAAAUCCGAAACAGAUCGUAAACACGAAAGACGUCAGAAAAAAAUUAAGAAGAAAUUUGCAGUAAAAGAAAAAGAACGCAAAGAGAAGUUAAAAGUUCAGUCAGGAAAAAUUGACAAAAGUUCUUCGAAAAAAGCCGCUGUUGCUCAGUUAAAGAAAGGCGUAAGAAACACAAUUGUAAACGAAAAAAAUUCGGAUAAAAGUAUCAAAUCAAGUAGUGAUUUCUUUAAUAGACUUCAGACAGAAGUAAAGGAUGAUCUUUCUAAAUUUAAACGUAAACCAAAUACUACGCAGAGCAAGUUAAAAAAGAGGGUUCAAUUCUUAAAACUUUAAAUUUUUAUAUAAAUUUUUGUUUUAUCGUGUUUUAAGUAUAAACAGGUUGUUUAUUUAUUUGACAAAUAUUUUUAAGCUAAUACUUUUCGAAUCUAUUUUUAAAAUAAUCUAAGAACCUCAUAAACUUUCUCGCAUCGUCCUUUAUAGUUUACCGAUCUGUUUGCUGGAAGCUUGUCAUGAAAAACUAUAUUUAGUUCAAACUAUGUAUAUGUUUUUAGGUUAUUGACAAUAAAAGAGCUGCCGAAUAAAAA